UGGCCACUAAUUUAAUCUUUUAUGAAGUUAUAAUAGGCUCUUGUCAAUAGCAUAUCAAAGUAUGGUAACAACCAUCACAAAGUGACAAUGCUCAGGUUAAUCCCUAAUAAAGUUAGGUACGUACUGUGUACGGACAGAUAUAUAUUUUUUAAUAAAAAUCUUAUCAUUCAGUUCCUUUGAAAUAUUUCAAACCUCAGUUUCCUUUGUGUGCGUCAUUUUGGGUGUGCAUGUAAAAAAGAAUGAAAAAUUAAAAGCGGCGUUUUGCUCUUUCCAAAACGCGCAACUGUGUCACACACUGAACUGGUUGGGGCGGACUGCAAAACGUUCUAUUAAGACCGGGCGACUUAGUCACUCGCUGCACCAUUAACUAAGAGCAAACUUAAGUUUUGCAAAGGGUCAGCAGAUGACAGCUCGGAAGCGAUCAAGGGGGCUUGAUUUUCUUUGCGACCAAGAAACAAACAAACAAGCAAGCGAGCGAGCGAGCGAGCUCUUUUAAAGGGGACCCUCCUUUCACGCCGCGCUUUGCAAAAGGCAAAAGGCAGCUCGCUCAAGUUCGCCGAAGCGCCGUUCCUUAAUAAUGCUCUGUGAAUGCGGCUCGAGCUGCGGUGUUUCAUUUUCUUCCCCCAGCCUGGUGCGCCGAUCGCCUCUCCUUGUGGCUGGCUGGGUACUCCCGCACUGUGUGCUUGUUGUACUCUCUCUCUCUCUCUCUCUCUCUCUCUCCCUUUCUCUCUCUCUCUCUCCCCCCUCCCUUUCUCUCUCUCUCUCUCUUACACUGCCAGCCCCUGAUGUGAUGGCGAAGAAACCCCGUUGACAAGGCACUGCUUUUUCAUGACGGUGAGUUUCCCUUUGAGUGUAUUAUAAUUUUGUGAUAAAAAUUUCAAGGAAGAAAAAAAAAACACACAACCUCCUUCCUCCCUUCCUUCGGGGAGGGAAAAGAGAGAGAGAGAGAGAGAGCGGGGGUGGUGGUGGUGGUGGGGGGAAGAAGAAGAGAAAGAGAGAGAGAAAUCUAUCUCCAGACCAGACAGAAAAGAAAAAAAGAGGAGCAAAUUAACAACCAGGAGUUGCCAAAACCAGGAUAUUAGGUUUCAGCCCAGAGAGCUAUUGGCUCCGGGGCUAUGUAUAUAAAUAUAUAUCUAGAGAGAGAGGAGAGAGAGAGGGGGGACGCGGGGAGGAAGAUGAAGGAGGAGAAGGCGAUUUGGCGCGGGUGGGCAGGCUGCUAAUUCGCAGGGAAAUGAAAUAUUUAUUUCUUUUUUGCAGCUAGAGGCCGCGGCGGCGGCGGCGGCGGCGGCUACUGAGGGCACUUCCAAAAAAUGUUGUUUCUUAAAGGGGGAGAGACAGGCAAGGAGGGAGAGAGAGAGAGAGGAAGAGGGAGAGGACAGAUAAGGUUUCAGGUCUAGGCUGAUAGCUGAGAGAGAGAGAGAGAGAGAGACGGGGGGGCUGGGAGAGAGAGAGAGAGAGGACUGGGGUGGGUUUUUCUCUCUCCCCCCCCUUCUCUCUCUCGCUGAUGCCAUGCAAAUUUAGGAGAGGAGGGAGAGAGGGGAAGGCGAGAGAAGAAGGAGGAAAAAAAACAACCUCGUUUUAAUGACUCAUUGAUUGAGCCGGUUUAAAAUUAGUUGUUGUUGUGUUUGGGGUGGGUUUUGUGUGCUUUUUCCUGGCCGCCCCCUUGGUGGCCAUCAAGAGGGAGGAAGAGGGGUGUGUGUGUGUGUGUGUGUCUGUCUGUCUGUCUGUCUCUCUCUCUCUCUCUCUCUCUCUCUCUGUGUGUGUGUGUGUGUGGUGUGUGUGUGUGAGGAAGAGGGGGAUCGAGAGUGUGUGUGUGCGAGGGAGAAAGAAAAAUAAUCUUUUCAAAUCUCCUCCCUCUUUUCUUCCCCCCUCGUUUCUUUGCUUUUCUCUAAAGCUCUCUGGUCUGUGAAGCACUUUUUCCCUUUCCUCCUCCUCGGGAAAAUGGAGACGCUCCGUCUUCUCUCUCUCCUGGGCGUGAGGCUGCCAAGGAUUUUUCUUUUUCUUUUGCGUUCCUCGUUGGAUUUGCUCUCAUCGACCACCUCUUAUCAUCUUGUCAUAAUUUUCCGCUAUAUCUUUUUAGCAUGGGCUGUGCUUUUUUGGUUUUUUUACGGGGAUUCCCAAUUCGUUUCGUUUAUAUGGUUUCCCCCCCUUCUUUUGUUAUUCGGUGUUUUUCUUUUUCUUGUCUCCUCCGGUAUCGCGUUUAAAGGAAUGGAAAUGGUGAUUGUUUCUGUGUAUGUGAUUCUACGUCGGUAGGAUUAAAGAGGGUGGGGAGGGGGAAGAAUAAAGAAACCUUAAUAGUAGGCUGUAAUACACGUUUUUUAAAACGGCAAGAAUAAUAAAUAUUCUACAUCUGUAAUAACGCCUUCGUUUUUGUCUUUCGAUGUACGUGAGCUUGUUAACUGCCGCCGGAUUAGUCUUCCAACAAAGUACUUUUUUGUGGUUAAUUGAUUUUCAGUUAUGGUUACAUUAUAAUAGGGGGGGAUGGGGGAAGAGAAAGCCUUAGUUAAAAGACUGGCUUGAAAAAUCUCUGAAAUGUUGGAUCAUUUUUGAGGUGGGUCGCCGAUUUUCUUCCCUCCCUUUAAAACCGAAAUGGGUUUCCCGAGGGUUGGGGUGUAAACGUCGGUAAGGUUAAAACAGCUUGUUAUAUGUAUCUUGUUCUGAGAGCGGAAACAGGUUUAGCAUUCGUAAAAAUAAAUAAAUCGCCUAUUGCUGGGCGAAGGAAGGACAAUGAGGCCUUUACUUUUCCCGGGGUGAGGAUGUUGUUGUUUUUAAAAACCCUUAAACAUGCAUGGCUUUUGAAUCUCUUAAGCACUGAUCGUGCUUUUCCAAAGCUCAGUCGAGGAGGCUGUUUUUUUUCUCUCCGUAUCUGCGUUUACAUGGCGGGGUUCGGUCUGGUUUGUGCCCCGCUUCGGAGGGACCAGGAGGAGAGAAGAUGGCGCUGCCUGGCUACCGGCCAGGAUUUGUGGCGCAGUUUCUCUCCGUUCUCUCUCGUCCCCUUCAAGCCGCCAUUUUGAGAGACUCCUGACAUUUCUUCCCGGGCCGGGGCGUUGCCCUCCGUUGCUUCCCGCGGUCUGGUCUCGUUACCUCAGAACAGACUCCAAAAUGCUCCCUCACGAGCAAAAUAAUAACUCCUUACCCCACGCACUGAGGAAAUUUAUUUUUUAUUUUUUAUUAUUAUUUCCUAGAGUAAUUGCUUUCCUAACACCCCACCUCAAAAUUUAUGUGGAAUGCGAAUCGAAAGGUGUGUGUGUGAGAGAAGAUAUAUAUUUUUUAAAAAUGGCUACUCUUAUUUUAAAUUAUCCAGUCCUAAGCACGCAGUUUACCCAUUCAGUGCAAUGGGUAGCUGUUAAAACGCUGCUGCUCCCUUUUGCCAGAUUCUCCUACACUAUAGUAUAGUGGAUAUGGAAAUCACUUAAUCCCAUGUUAUGUCUGCCAAACAACAAAGGGGCUGCUGGAAAAUAAGCGAUAUGUAAAAUUUAAAAAUGGAGGAGCAGCACUUUCUGAAUUGGCCUAGAUUUCAUUCGUCGCUGUAGGUGGGCAUUUUUACACGGUGUACCAAGGGGGUCCUGUUUGCUAAAAAUCGAAUAAGUGAGCAAAAUACGCCUUCUUGGGCACAGGCAUCCCUGUUGCUAAAGUAAUAAGGGAGUAAAGUAUGUGGAAAGCAAUAGUCUGUGUUGAUUGGAUUGAAUUAACUAAAAAUGCUUCCAAAGUUUAGAAAUGGUUUGGCUUAGAAAGCCCGGUAAUGUGGCUUUAAGGCAACACAUCAUAGCAUUGUGCUUUCCUGUGAGAUUUAAAUCCUGGGCAUUUAAAUAUCAUUUUUUGCCAGUCAUAUCUUGCCAGCAACAGACUGUUAUAAGACAUACCUUUCUUUAAGCAUUUUAGAAUUAAGACCUUUUAUGGUGGGGGGGGGAUUAGGUUUGAGAUUCCCCACUUUCCCCUCCCCCAAAUAUACUCCCCUUGAUCAGAUACAAAUUUAUGUUUCACUGCUUACUGAAGUAAUGUUUAUCUCAUGAUUUUACAAAAUGGCCUGGAUGUUGUUUAUUUUAGUUUCUAAUGAGUAGAUAAGAUAUACAGGAAAAAAAGAUGGAAGAAUGUUGCUUUAUAGUGGAAUAUCAAGUUCUCACAUGAACUGUUAUAUGGACUUUCUGCAGUUUAAGCUGAACUGAACUCUUGCAGCCACUGGGGUUGCCUUAUUUCAAAAAGUAAAAACCAGGACACCCCAAAAAUUGUUAACCAAACCGGAAAGUUUUUUAGACAAACCCCCAAAGUUGUUGAGCCAAAAAAGCAUGAUUUUUCAAUUGACUUGCCUAAGAUCCAGAACAAAGCACCGCCUUUCGGACAGCCCCCCUCCCCGAUGUCAAUUCUGCAUUUGAAAUCCCGGUAAUGUCUGGGAAAAUCCGAACAUAUGGCAGCCCUACCAUUAACACCAAGGCAACUGAGAAGUUCCUGAUCACAUAAGCAAAGUCAUUUUCUUAAUGUUUCUAGUGUACAGUACUCCAGGACCAAGGAUGUAGCUUAUAGAACAGUUUCUGACAAAUAAUACUCUUUCGUGAAUGACAGUUAGAACUGACAUACUACUGUAUUAAUUACUUAAUAGGAUUAUAGUGUUCCUUUCAAUAGAUAAUGUAGGCAAAAAUUAAUUUAAAACAGUUACUUUAUAGCAUAGUGAAUUAAAUAAAAUUGCUUUCUUCACCUUGUUAUCAUGAGAGAGAGAAAGCAGAAAGUUCACUGGGAACAGGAUUGAGUGGAUCCAAAACAAGUCAAGUUUCAAAUUGAAGCCAAAAAUAGUGUUCUCGUAUGGGGAAGGGACUUUCCUGAAACAGAGGCAUUUCUAGUUUCACAUAACAUUCCUAUUCCUCUCCACCCACCCAAAUUAAAAUGCCAGGCUGCUGAAUGUGUUCAUUCCCACCCCCCCAGACAGGAAUGGGUUCUGUGUAAAUUUCUUCAGGCGCAGAGAGAGAACCUAAAAUACUAACUAGAUUGUACCUCAGAUACAUGGAACAGGGCAGAUGUUCCAGAAAACAGAUUGCCCUGUGGUACAUAUAAUAUAUGUGAAAUGAGGAUAGAAAUCUAGCUGGUAGAUUAAUGGGAGGAACACUCAAAAGAUUUCUUGGCCAAAAUAAAAAACUAAAAUUAGUAAUUCUUUUCCAAGUUAAGAAGAAAACAUGAUAGGGUUUGCCCUUGUACUUAAGCUCUUCCUUCUGAGGGUACACAUACAGGCCAAAUUUUGCCAAUCUGGGAGGUUCAUCCUUGAUUACAAGUAUUGCUUGCACUUUCAACCAUAUACUCUUAUCAUGCUGUGAUUCAUAUAAGCGCUGGUAGACUAUAAAGUCAAUUCCAUAUUUUUCUGCCAUUUUUAUAGAAUUGAAACAAGGCAGAAGAAAGAGCCAUUCAUAGUGAUUGAGACAGAGAUUCUAAUUUCAGGUUUAUUCAGAUCUUUGCUUUAACAGAGAGUAUAUAUUACCUAUUUUUGUUGAACUGAACAUUUGCAAUCAGGACCAGUUUAUACAUAGCUAACUUGUAGCAAUGUGCUAACUGCCCCCAAAUUAAACAAAUUUGCAAAUCAGAUUUGCUAGGAUUUUAAAUAGGCCAAAUUGCAAGCCUGUGUAUACACUGCUAUGAUGUCGUGAUUUCCUGCACACCCAUUUUGAGUAUUUAACUGGAAUUGAAAGCAUAAUUCCUUUCUUAACUUGAACUGUGCGGCUCUGGACAGGCUUUCAUUAGUUCCGUUACUGUGGCCUUUCAGAUGAGUGCUAGAGUAAAGUGCUGUGUAGUGGGCGGUUGCCAGUCUACACUGGUAUGCAGAUAAUAAGGAAACAUGAACUGACCUUAAAAUCAUAAUUUGAGGCCCUUUGUGUGCCUCUUCCAGAGGAGGUUUGGAGGGUGACAACACAAGAUGGGACUACUUCUGUGGUGUCCCCUGGCUUGUGGAAUGCUCUCCCCAGGAAGGGCUGCCUGGUGCCAUCUUUUUAGGAUUCAGGCAAAGACUUGCCUUUUUAUCUAGGAUUUUUGGCCCCGAAUCGAAGGGUGGCAUCUAGCCAGGAUGGGAACUUUUAAGUCCCGUCUUUUAUCAAUAUGGCUGUAUAACCUUUAUCUGUAUUUUUAUAAUUUUAGAAUUUUAUUGAAUAUUCUUAAAUGGUUUUAAUAUAAGCUGCUUUGGGUCACUGAGAAAAGUGACUAAGGAAUAUAAUUAAUAGCAAUAAUAACAAAAAUAAAUCAAAAGGAUUUAAACAGCAUUUUAAGUAUAUAAAGGGUGUGAUCCUUUCCUACAUGGGCAGAGUGUCAAUGUAUGGAGGCACCCUGCAUUUGGUUAAGGAAUGUGAAUUCAGAGCUCUGUUGGAGGGAUCACAUGGGGACAUUGGAACUGUUCACAGACUUUCAUUCCCCAUAAUGCGCUGACUGCAUAUGUAUCUAUUUGCACGGACACUGUAUACCCAGAUUGUCAUGGAUGGGACAUAAAGUGUUUUGUAAUGCUUCUUCCUACAAUACCACUGUGUAGUAGGUACUGACUUGCCCAUAGCUACCUGGAGGUUCCAAGUAUAAUAUGUUCUUGAAUGGCUUUUAGUGUCAUUCUGUAAAAAUAUUAUAUUUGAAACUGAUCAUUUUACUUUAUAUAAAAUAAUAACCUUGUGAAAUGGUAUCCAUUAUAUGAAAGUAUGACAGAUACAUUACAUGGUACUGUACUGUGGCCUGUGCGGAAGAGUCACACAGAAAGAGAAGUUCACUUCUUGAUAUGUGCAGAAAAUCUUCACAUAGGCCUAUGGACAAUGCAAUUUUAUAUUGAAAGGAUUGCACACAGGGUGAAAAACAAGUGAUGGAGUCCAGCAAAGGAAUUUGACUGGAAGCCAUAUGGAAUGAGGAAAUCGGAGUAAAACAAGAAUGUGAGGCAUGGAGUUCAAGAAAGGGUGGGGGAAUAUACCUUCCUCCUUGGGGCGAACUUCAUGCAGAGAUAGAGUUUCCAUGUGUUUUUUUUUCUUGACAGGGUUUUUUACUUUUAAAGGUUGCUUGAUGAGAAAACAAUAUCAGCAAUAAAAAACAGCAGAUGCAGAUUUCCCUAAAACUACAUUUGGGGGAAAACUGUAACAGUUAAGUUCCUACCAGUCAUGCAGCUUUUAAAGGCAUAGAAGUGGUUCCUGAACAAGAUGUCAGUCCUCUUAGUAUCUUUAUCUGACUAUCCUCAAUAUGGCACACAAAAACUAGCAGGUCAAGUGUGGGAAAAGCUUCAUCUGCUUGUAUUCUUCAUAUUAAAAGCCGAUUAAUGCUGCUAGGAAAAUGAGGUGCCAGAUUUAUAGAUGAGAUCUGUGGAAACUGUAGGAUGUCAAGGGUGUGUAAGUCAUACCCAAAUCUCAGGGCUGUAGAUCAUUUGUAGAGCAUGUAGACAGUCACAGAUUCAAUCACUGGCAUCUCCAGGUUGGAUCAAAAAAGACCCCUACCUGAAAUCCUAGAGAGCUGCUGCCGUUAGUGUACAUGAUGCUAAGCUAGAAGGACCAGUUGUGUGACUUGGAAAAAGACAGCUUCCUUUGUUCCUAAGGCUUUUGUACUGUUCAGAAAUGGAUCUUUGGGUGAGCUCCCAUCAGGUGUAGCUGUCGCCAUUACUGCAACUCUUACGAUGAGAAAAGUAUUGCCUGGUGAAAUUCUUGAUUCUGUUCUAAACCAAAUACAGGACACUAUUAUUGUUUAGAAAUCAAGAAGCAAUAAAAAUUAAAAUUUCAUAAACUGAUAUGAAUUAACUAGCCAUUUGUACUGUACGAAUUAAAUAGCCAUUUGCACUUGGGCCAGGCUAGGCCUGGGUAUGUUUCUCAAUCUGGGAUAGAUUUAGGGGCAGGUGAUUUAAGCAACUACCCAGGGUGUCAGGUUUGGGGAUGCCUGCCUUGGACGAUCUUCUCAGCUAUUAAUGGUUGAAACAAAUAGUAUAAUUCGUUCAUCUUCACAUGAAAAGCUGGCAAUGGUGCCCUACAUGGCUAAAUCAUGCAAUACGAAGUUGUGAACUGGACUGGAAAUGCAAUAAAAAAAAAAGGAUUCCAAAGCCGAACAAAUGAAAGGGAGGGCCAAAAACUCUAUGCCUGAGUGUUAAUUGGUCUGGGGGUACAUCUGCAGGGUGCUGGGCUGCAGCCCAGCCUGAUCCCAGCCUUCCUUUACCCCCUUCCCCCUUCUAAGCUACAGUCUAGAGUGGGCCACUAGUUUUCUGUGGUAAUGUAUGCAUAUAGUUGUAGAUCAUUUAUAUAUUUAACAGAUUUCUAUACCACUUUCUGCAAAAUGUAUCAAAGCAGUGUGUAGCAAUUUAAAACAAUAAAACUACAUAAGAAAUAUACAGCUGGCCAAGAAUAAAUAGCAAAACAUAACUAAGGGGGUCUAUAAAUGCUUUGUCAAGAAAUAAUGUUUCCAGUUGCUUGUGGAAGCACAUCACGGAAGGUGCCUACCAGAUCUCUUAGGGGAGACUUCCCUAAUGAGGGAAACAGACUUCAACUUGACAGCUGUGGCACUACCAAGAGGGCUCCUCUAAAGACACCAAACAAGCAGGUUCAGAUGGGAAAAUAUAUUUUCUCAGAUAUCCAUUUCUCAAGUUGUUCAGGGUCUUGUAAGUAAAUAGUAAAACCUUAAAACUGGGGUCCUUUAGGAUAGGUGUUAUAUGCAUGCAGUAGAGAGCAGCAGUGAGCAGCUUAGCUGCAGCAUUCUGUACCUGUUACAGCUUUUGAACCCCACAAAGAGGGUGUUACUGUUAUCUAAUUUCAAGGUUACCAAUGUGUGAGUCACUGUUGUCUAUAUGUGUAUGGCUAUAACUUGGUGGUAUGCAGAAUGUUACAGACUGAAUGUUCCCUCUGAAUCUGAGGGAAAAUCCAACUGCAGAAAGACAAUACUCAGCUGUCACUGGUUAGAACACUCAGCUGAUCAAAAGUUACUGUAAAUAGAGGGAAAACAGUGCUGAGUAUGAAAUGCUGAUUUAGAAGACUUUUACAAACAAUAUUUGCAUGGAAGCAAUAUUGGUAGGCAUAAUUUUUUACCCACUUAUUUCAGUUAUGCCACUGGAUUUUCCAAAUCACAGAUCAUCAAAGUCAAAUCAUAUCAUGUUCCCACUGUUUUCCAGGAACCUCAUAUAUACUUUGCAGAUUAAAUUCAAAAAUGAGCACAGAUGUGUAAUACAAGUAUAUACUAUGCCUCAAAGUACCAUUUUACUCCUAUAUUAAAAGCAGCAUGCAAUAACGUGUGCCCUGUUGUAAAAAUAUGCUGUUGCUAGUCUACAUAAUUUGCAGGUUAGUGAACAAUGGGAACAUUUUGUAAAUAAACAAUAUACGUUAGGAAGAAACAUGUUGAAAAGCAUCCUCUAUUUUUAAUUGUCUUGUUCUGGAAAGAAAUAGGAAAUCUUUAUGAUACAAUAUUAUUUUUCCUUAGUUGUCAUGGAUGAUGACGAUGAUGAAUCCUGUCUCUUUGAUCUUAUUGGGUAAGAUUUUUUAAAAAAAGAAAUUAUGCAGAGAAAUAAUAUAAAGUUCACUUUGCAAAAAGAAAAUUUGCACAAAUAGUCUAUUUGUGUCUGUUAGAAAAGGGCAUAACUGUCCUAAUCCCCAGAUCUGCUGGCUGGAGAAGGUUAGAAUUUCAUGAAGGUUCCUCCCUGCUGGUGGAGAAGACGUCCUACUCUGUGGGUGGGGCAGGCAUCUCUGCAGUGAAGUCCCCCACUUUGCCCAAGGAAAGCACUGCAUGUUUAGUUCUACUGCUGGUGUUGCUGCUGCUUACAGUAGCAAGUGUUAGGCCACAAAAUGGGGUGGGAUGGAUACAAAGCACCUUCAUUCUCAAAGAGGCUCCAGGUUUGGGCCUCCUAUUUGUGCUAACAUGAAGCUGGCAUAAAUAAUUCACCUCCUUGAAACCAAUGGGGAGAUUUUGUUUUAAAAGUGCAGAAUUUAAACACUGGGUAAGACCAUCUCUCUAUCUCCCUGCCUGGUUGGCAGAACCCAAUCCCUAUUAGGAUAGCACUCUAGGGCUGAAAUCAGGUGCACACUUACUUAGGAGUAAAUCCCAUUAAUCUCAGUGGAACAAUUCUCAAUGAAGUUUUAUUGAGUUCUUUUUUUGACAAAAGGUGGUAUAAGUUUUUUUAAACAAACAAAUAUGCUUUGGAUGCAUGUUAUGAUAUGCUUGAGUAAAUGAAAGAAAUGUUUAUCAUUUAUUUACAGUUAUUUAUUCACGAGUAUAUAAGGCACCUUUGUAAACCACUUCGAGGUUGUUGUUUUUAACAAGCAAUGUAUAAUUUUUAAUGAAAUUAAUAAAUAAUUCAAUAAAAAUUAUCCCAAAGGGAUACAAGAUAUUUAAAAUUUACAGUAAAAGAAGUAAUGACAAAUAUUACCUUAAUAUAUAUUAAGGGCCACUUGGACAAACUUGAAUUUCCUCAUAGGAGGAGUGUCCCUGAAAGUAGUGAUUGAAUGUAGUUCUCUGAUGCUCCAUUUGGCACCUCCAGCACCAACCUUUUUACUUAAAAGGUCAGUACCAGAGAGUACCAGAGAGUGGCACUUUGCCUCCUUUCUUCCCAUCAGCUUGAUCGCUGCCUUCUUAGCCUUGGUCAUUUUCCCCAGGUGGGAUAGGGACUUAACAGUGGUGAGCAGCAGCAGAGGAGUGGGAAAUGGCAGCAGGAAAUGGCAUGAACAAUGGUGGCAGUGGUUUGGGAGCUAGUGACAAAGUAUGUAGAUAGCAAAAAGUGUGCCCACCGUAGAUAGGUCUCUUGCCAAAGGCCCCAGCAUUUGGAGCUGGUCCUUCACAAAACGAUAUACAAUGAUGUAGGGAAUAAACAGAGUUAUAGCCAGCUAAGUCAGUGGACUAGUCAUUAAUUUCAGUGGUUCACCUCUGAAUAUGUCUUAUUUGGUUCAGUCCAUAGCUGAGAGCUAUUUUAAAAACAAUGGAACAGUUAAAUAUAUUGCUUUAUAAAUAUAUAUUUACACUAUUGAUAGGGUUUGUUGCAAACAAGCCAGGGUUGUUGCUUUGAGAUGCAUGCUCUAAAAUAGUUGGGGAUCAUAGCCUCAGUAUUCAGAUGGUGUGAUUCAGAAAGAUUCUUCCUGCUUGUGCCAUUUUAAUAUAUUUUAAACAAAUGCAAGAUUCUCAGACUGAUCCAUCUUACUUUCCUUGUUUGCAUUUUUAAAGAGAUGCACAGGCACUGAAUUAUUUCCUCCAUGGAGCAGGCAGUAAACCUGUAAGUAUCAUAUAUUCUGGUAUGUUAAAUUAAUACAUCUAAUUUUGCAAAUUGUGCUGCUCUUAUUGUAAUGCUUUUUCUGUAUUACAGAACAGUGAAGACUUGACUAAUGCAGGAUAUUCUGCAGCCAACUCAAAUUCCAUAUUCGCCAAUAUCAGUGUAAGUUUAUAGGAAAAAGUGUAAUUUUAGUGCAUGUUAGUGUGUGCCUAAGUUCUCCAUUCUUAUAAUACUCCUAUCUGGGUGAGGUAAAAGCCAAAAAUAACAUGCAGGCAAUUGCUAUUUAAACCAAAGGAUUGAAUAUGGGUGAAGAAGGAGGAGAAUUCUGAGCCUGUGCACUUGUGCACUAAGCUUUACACCUGGUUCAAACUUCUUGCUCAGUCUUAAUUUGGGUUAAUGCUGCAUGCCACUCAUGGUCAUUAAUCUAAUGAUACCUGACUUAGUAGUAUUCUUGAGAGAUGUUCUGAAAGGGGGGGGGGAGAGAAACCUAUAAUGAGCAACACUGUACUACUACUAAUAAUUUGUUUUAAAAUAGUGUUUUAUUGUUAUUGUUAUUACAUUUACAUCCCACCUUUCCUCCAACGAACUAUAUGGUUCUCCCCCUCUCCAUUUUAUCCUCACAAUGCUUUUGUGAGGUAGGUUAGGCUGAGAGACAAUGACAGACUCAUCCAUUGAACUUCAUGGUUGAGUGAGGAUUUGAACCCUGAUGGUGUGUAUUACAAUUUUUCUUUCAGAGUUCUGAUCCUAAGUCAUCAAUCAAAGGUGUCGGUAGUCAGCUUGGAGAAGGGCCUAGUGAUGGACUACAGUUGCCAAGUAGCCUUCAGUUUCUUGAUGAUGAACUUGAAUCUUCUUCCUUGCCUGAUCUUAGUGAAGAUCAGCCUUUUGAUAUCCUCCAGAAAUCUUUGCAAGAAGCUAAUAUUACCGAACAGACUUUGGCAGAAGAGGCUUAUCUGGAUGCCAACAUAGGCCCUAACCAACAGUUUGCACAAGCUCAGCUUCAUCCUUCCUCAUCAGCAUCUUUUACUCAGGCUUCUAAUGUUUCUAAUUACUCAGGUCAGACGCUGCAACCUAUAGGAGUUACUCAAGUGGUACAGCAACCAGUUGGAGCAUCUUUUGCAAGCAAUACAGUUGGUGUGCAACAUGGCUUUAUGCAACAUGUGGGGAUCAGUGUUCCUAGCCAGCAUUUGUCAAACAGUAGUCAGAUUGGUGGCUCAGGACAGAUACAAUUAAUUGGUUCAUUUAGUAAUCAACCUUCCAUGAUGACCAUCAAUAAUCUUGAAGGGUCUCAUAUUAUUUUGAAGGGUGGUGGGCAGCAAGCACCUGGAAACAUGAGUGGUGGUCUCUUGGUUCAUAGACAAACACCUAAUGGUAACUCAUUGUUUGGCAACUCAAAUUCCAGUCCAGUAGCACAACCUGUAACUGUUCCAUUUAAUAGUACAAAUUUUCAGACAUCUUUGCCUGUGCAUAACAUCAUUAUACAGAGAGGUCUUGCUCCAAAUUCUAACAAGGUUCCCAUCAAUAUCCAGCCAAAGCCUAUUCAGAUGGGCCAGCAAACUACCUACAAUGUGAAUAGCUUGGGAAUACAGCAGCAUCAUGUACAACAAGGGAUUCCUUUUGCUUCAUCAAACUCCCCUCAGAAUUCAGUAGUUGGUCCACAUAUGUCUGUUAAUAUUGUUAGUCAUCAAAAUGCAAGAAAAGCAGUUACCUCUCAAGCCGUAAGUAAUGCCGGUGGUAGUAUUGUGAUCCAUUCUCCUAUGGGACAGCCUCAUGCACCUCAGAAUCAGUUUCUUAUACCCACAAGUCUGUCAGUAAAUCCUAAUUCGGUUCACCAUGUCCAGACCAUAAAUGGACAACUUCUUCAAAAUCAGCCUUCCCAGCUUGUUUCUGGCCAAGUAUCCACUGAGCAUGUUAUGCUAAACAGGAAUUCUACGAACAUGCUUAGAACUAACCAGUCAUAUUCAGGACAGAUGCUGAAUAAUCAGAAUGCUUCUGUACAGCUAGUUUCUGGUCAGACAUUUGCAGCUCCUGGAAGCCAAGUUAUAGUGAACCAUGGGACUUCUCAAAUUGUUAGUGGCCAAGUUCCACUACAACAGGGAUCAUCAGCUGUGUUGCAUUUAUCCCCCAGCCAAGGAAACAUUUCCCAAGGUAGAACAGGCUUUACCACAAUGUCUCCUGGACAGUCAACAGGUUCGAGUAUCUCGUCAAGCAACCGGUUUACAGUUGUAAGUUCUUCUGCUACAGUGCAUCCCAACAUUGGUCCAUCAGCCCAGACUGUUGCUUCCGGAGGAAAUUUUGCUGGAGAUCAACUUACACAGCAAAACAGAACACAAUUGUCAGUCACUGUCUCACAUCGUCUUCCAGUUUCUUCUUCCAAAUCAGUCAACACCUUUAGCCACACAUCGGCAACCCAGCCCCAGUUUUCCUUUGGCCAGGUAUGGAUUGAUGCAAGUUCAAAAUCUUUAGCAAUUUAAUUUUAAAAAAAAUUGAAAUCUCUUUAUAAUGCUGGGUUGUGAAUAAUGCAGCCAGCCUUUGCAGCUUCUAAAUGUGUGCGUGUAUAUCUAUCUAUCUAUCUAUCUAUGAUUUUAUUGUUUUACAGCCAACUAUGCAAACAAAUAACACCCUAAGAACCUUUAGAAUCUGUGUCAAUGGAUCAAUACUUCUUGGUUGGAAAUAUUGGGUUGUAUUCAUUGUUGUGCAUGGAGAAGAUGGCUCUUCCGCUUCCCCUGUAGCCUCCUGUACCCUCUGAAAAGCUUCUUUAGAAGGUUGAAGGGGAGGCCAUGGGCUGUGUCAUACGGGGCAGCAGUGAGAGGUUGAAGGAUUGCUGAAAUUGGGCAGAGGAAUCUUGUUUUAGUAGAGUGAAAUUCUUGACAUUAGAAGACUUGCCCCCUAACUGCACUACCAUGUGACAGAACCCACACAUAGGAAACUGCUUUAUGCUGAAUCCAUCUAGCUCAGUAUUGUGUACACUGACAGGCAGUGGCUCUCCAGGGUUUCAGACAGGCAACAUUCCCAGUCCUAACUGGAGAUACAAGGGAUUAAAGCUGGGAUCUUCUGCAUGCAGAACAGGUGAUCCGUUACUGAGCUACAUCUUUUUUCUCCAGGAAGACACCUGGAGAAGCUUUUGGUGUACGGGGAAAACGGGAAGGGAAAGAUCCAAUGUUUGAACUUGCUUUCUACUCGUGCAGCGUUUCGUACAACCCGUUAUUUCUGUUCUUUCAAUAAGUCUUGUUUAGUUGCUAAAAAUGAGGUUUUCAGAAUUCUCAGUAGUGAUUUAGAUAUUCAUUUAAAAGUAUUGAAGUCACAUUGUAGCUGAUUCCUGAAUACUAUUAAUUGCAAUUUGCACGUUGAGACUGCAUGAGAGAUGGGAAGGAGAGCUCUUGAGGUUGUCAGACCAUUCUCAAGUGAGUGAGAAAUGAUUCCAUUUAAUAUAUAUUUGUACUACUUGUUCUCUGUAUCUUUAAAGAUCUGGAACAAUUUAGAAUUUGAUGAUGGAAGGUAUUGAUUGAAGGUCCAGCAAUGGAAAACCAUGGCUUAACAAAUUUUAGUUACAAUCCAACAUGGCUCAAGAAAUUCGGAAAGUCUUUAAUUCUGGUGUGCAAGCAAAAGGUGUAGGGAAAGUAGAGUCUACUGGCAUAGUGCUUCUUGGUCUAAUAAACCAGAGAUGUUAUAUCUGAACUGGACAAGAUGCCACAGAUGUUUGUACUGAUUGCUAAGAUCAUACAAGCCCUAAAAAAGCCAUAUCUAGCCUAGCAUCCUGUUUUGCACAAUGGCCAACCAUUGAAAAAAGGGCAAUGAUUUUGUGUGCCAACCUUUCAGAUAAACAAAUUCAAUUUCUCUACCUAUCGGAGUUCAUUUUCUUUGUAGUACAAGGUAAUAAAACUGGAACUACAGAUAGAGUUUAUAUGUUUUCUUUUGUAUAUAGGAUAUUGGCUUUUCCUUAUCUUUUACCUUUAAUAAUCUGCAUAGUAUUUAUGUGUGGUGUCUUUUUUCAGAAUCAAAAAAAAGUUACGAAUUUGGUGUCUUCAGUUUCAACGUCAAAGUCACAGGAUAAUCUAAGACCACCUCAACUAACAAGUCUUUUAGGUAAUAAAUUGCUAAGUCAGAUAAAGUUUUUGUUUUUUAAAUACCUUUAUUCAACUCCUUAGCUAUGAAGUGGGUUGUUAACAACAGCAAAGGUUUGUCUUGAAUAUUACUUGAAAAUUUGAACUUUCAGGCUGAUAUUAAGCUGUGCUACUGAGAGUUAACACAUGUGUCAGAUUCUCUUCGUUUAUUUAUAUGCCACUUUUAAAACAGUUUUCUGAAGGCGGCUUCCAAUUAAUGCAAUAAGAGCUUUUAAAAUCAAUCUCUAGAAAACAUUUAGCUUAAAAGGGCAGCAUAGAACAAUUUCCGGUCAGACUGGUAAAAAGCUAUAUUACACUUUUAAACAGAGAGAAAAUCCAGUUAAAAUAUGUAUAGAUAGAAAUUUAGUUUAAGUUCAGUAGGGUGGAAAUUUAGGAAAUGCACUUUACAAAUUGCUAAAAGUCUUCUGCAAAUUUAGUUGAUUCCUCACAUGGCUUUUACAAGUCAUAAAUGCUUUACAGAGAACCAACAAUUUACCGAAAUACAUGAAAAUGUAAUGUUAGAAGGAUGUUUUCAUCGGUUGCAAAGUGAAGAUGCAUGAGCAACGGAGCUGUUUCCUGAAGUUAGCUUUGCACUAAUUUCUCAAUGCAUGUAUGGCCUUCCAGUAUUGUCAUUGUUCAUCUCAGAACAUGGGUGAACUUCUGGGACUGUGCCUAUGGCCUAAGGCAUUUAGGAGUAUGUUAGUAGUAAACAUAAACUUGGGAGCUGUGAUUGGAGCACACAUUUAUUGUGGAACACACACGUGCCCUUCAGAUGUUACAACAAAUGUGUAGCUGACCUGUAAUGGAAGUGCAGGAAGCUAUCUUUUGUUUAACCUUGAAGUGACCCUAAGAUUUGAGACAAGCUGCAUUAAGCUUGCCUGAGUAAUUGAGCACAUUAGUUCUUCGGGAACCAAAAAGAGAAAACUCACGUACUCAUUGGAACUUGCUCUUGAAAAUGUGAACUUGGGAGCACAGCCUAAAGAAGUCUCUACAAAUAACAGCAGAAGAUAUUUCAAACAGAAUAUAUAUGUCAAUAUAGUAAAAAAAGAACAUGAUGCUUUGAUUAAUUUGCCUGAUUGAAACAAGAGACCGAAGUGUGGGGGUGGGGGGAGACUGGACAGUACUUUAGUAUGUGUGCUAUUUACAUUAUGAAGACAGGGAUUAGCUGGGCUCCUCAUGCCUUUUUCAUUGAUACCUGUAUACAGCUUUGGCAUUCUGAAGUUCCAUGAAAUGGCAAGUGGUUAAAUGCUGGCUUAAACCUCACAGGCUCAUAAGAUAGUUUUUAUAAAUAUUUGUGUUUUGUAUGGGCUUGCAGUAGUUUUGUGAAAGCAUUGCUAUUUAAAUACGUUUGCCUAUGUGCAAAAUUAAUUUUAAAUCAUUCAGUGACAUAACUAGACAGAAGAUUCCAAAUAUUGUAUAGGGGAUUGUUAACGAAUCUUCAUAAUAUAUCUUCUUAUAGGACAAGAUACCGGGGGCAAAAUCAUACAGCAGCCUAUAGGCACAGCACUGACACACCAGGAAAAAGCAGUAGGAUCAUCUUCUGCCCAAACAAAUGUACAGGUAGGAGGCCCAUUAAUGUUCCUGAAAAGGCUAAUAGUGCACCAGUCAUUUCUUGUUUGUACUAUUUUCUACAUAGAAUAUAAUAACCUUUCCAUUGGUCAUUUGUGAGAGGAAAUCCAUGAUCGUAUAUACUAAACAUCCCAUCACCUUUAAAUAUUAAAUGAAUAUGUGCUGGCUAAGCUUGACGGUAGCUUGAAUCCAAAUAAGCUGGAGGGCACAAGGUUGGAGAAGGCUGUGUUAGCAUAUCUGUUGGCACUGCAUGUGCUGUCUUUGGAUCAGGCUGCAAAAUGUGCAGUCCAAUCCUGUUCUUAUUUCCUUGGAGAUAAAUGCUUCUGAGUUUAAUGGGGCUUAUUCAUGAAAGUGUGCAUUGGAUUAUUGCCUUUGUAUCGGUCAGAUGCAUAUAUUCAGGAGUAUAGAGCCAUGCUGUUGAUUUAUUUUCUUAGUAUCUCAAAAGAUUAAAAAAUGCCUUUUUGAAAAUCCAAAAAUCUGGUCAUACAGUGGUGCCCCGCAAGACGAAUGCCUCGCAAGACGGAAAAACCGCUAGACGAAAGGGUUUUCCGUUUUGAAGUUGCUUCGCAGGACGAAUUCCCCUAUGGGCUUGCUUCGCAAGACGAAAAUACCUUGCGAGUCUUGAGAUUUUUUCGCUCCCCUUUAUCUAAUCUGCUAAGCCUUUAAUAGCCUUUAAUAGCCUUUUAGCAGCUAAUCCCCUAAGCCUUUAAGCCUUUAAUAGCCGCUAAACCGCUAAUAGCGCUAAUAGCGCUAAUCCGUCAAUGGGCUUGCUUCGCAAGACGAAAAAACCGCUAGACGAAGACUCUCGCGGAACGGAUUAAUUUCGUCUUGCGAGGCACCACUGUAUUGGUAAGGCAGUCUAUAUACAAAAUGCAUUUAAGAGAUUUUUUUAAACCCCCCCCCCAUAAUUUUAUUAUCUUAAAGAGAUUUUUGAGGCCAUUUUUAUUUCUGUUGGAUGAUAUGCACAACUGUAUAAUUGAUUUUUAUAAAAGAAAUUUAGCCCAGUGUAUUUGAUGCAUGUUUUGAAUCUAGGUCGAUGGCCAUACAAUUGGACAAAAGAGGCCUGCUGCUAAACAACUAACAAAAGGAGCCUUGUAAGUUGUUUCCUUUUAUGCAUCCUUUUACUUUAGACAUUUCUUCCUCUCUUUCCCUCCCUCAAAUUUUGUCAAGUUGUUACACACAUGUGGUGCUAUUGUAAACAACUGACAAUAGCAAUCUUCCCAUUAGUAUUCUACAGCAGCUACAGAAGGACCAGGCACAUGCUGUGACUCCUGAUAAAACUCAGUUCAGAUCUUUAAAUGAUGCAGUCCAGAGACUCCUCUCAUAUCAUGUGUGCCAGGGAUCACUGCCAACAGAAGAGGAUUUAAGAAAAGGUACUUUUUUGCUCUCCAAAUGGUUGUGAAAAUGUUAUGCUUCUGGGGUUUUAUACCAGUUAAAUGUUAUAUAUUGUACUAGGCAAAAAGUAAGAAUGAAAUGCUUUAAAUGACUAUUUUAGUUGUUAAGAACUACUAUUCUAAAUGUAUUUUCUUCACCUUUUCAGUGGAUAAUGAAUUUGAAUCUGUAGCCGCACAGCUCCUGAAAAGAACACAGGCAAUGUUAAAUAAAUACAGAUGUCUGCUCUUGGAAGAUGCUAUGGUAAGACUAAUAAAAAAAAUACGUGUGUAUGUGUAUAUUAUGGAUUUGUGCAUCUUAUCCCACAUGGAUUAAUUUAUUGUAACACAGCAAUGUGCAGCUUUCAUCUAAUUCCAUGGCCCGUAUCUCUCAACCUGUGGUACUUAGGAAUGUUUAGCACUAACAAUAGAUUUCACUAAACAGAUAAUGUUAUCAUCUUGUGUUGACAAGUUCACUGGGUGAGAUCUUUUUGACUUCUACCAUGUUCCCCCCUCCCCAGAAGUCUUAAUGAAUUUCAAAAAAUGUGAGCGGGGGUUGGGGUUGGUCUCCCUUCAUAAGGUAUGCUUGCUCAGAAGAACUCUCCUAGCCCAUCAAGCCCAUCAGGGAUAAAUGUAUAGGAACAGAAAGGUCUGAGCAAGCAUAUUUGCAUGAUAAUUUAGUCCUUUCAACUAUUUGUUGAUAAUAGCCUGGCCACAAUGAUUCAUGCAUUGGUAAACUCAAUAUUCUAUUAUUGCAAUACGUUCCAUGUGAGGUGGCCAGUGGGUCUGGUCCAGAAGCAUCAGCUUCUGCAAAAUGCUGCAGCUAGACAGUUGGUAGGGACAAACUAUUGCCAUAACCUAAAUGAUGCUUAAAAGCUUCUAUCGGGAGCUCAUACACUACUGAGCCAAGUUCAAGGUUCCGGUAUUAAUUUACAAGGCCUGUAACAACUUGGAUCUUGGGUACCUAAAGGACCACUUGAUGCCUUUUAUCGCUGCUUGAUCACUGAUGUCUUUGGGGGAGUCACUGUUACUGACACAUACAGUGACCCGGAACGCAGCACCCAUGCAAACAGAGAGUUGCUUGUAGCAAUUACAUACACGGACGCUGAUGACGUUGCUAUCUCAUCACAACAGGGAACAUUAAUCAGUACCAGGAAAAAUACACAGUUUGGCCACAUCACACUCACUUGCAUUUCACAGAAAUUGCUUAGAAAGUACCUGCACAUUUGCCCCAUAACUUCAAUUCUAGGAGGGGUAGAGAAGUGCUUCUUUUUUAAAAUGAAAGUUAUAAGUCUGGGGGACCUUUCCAGAGGCAGCAGUGAAAGCCUUUAUGGGGCACCAUGGUGCCCAUGGAUGCUGGGUUAGUAAUCCCUGAUUUAGUGUUACUUGUGUACCAGCCUACGGUCUUCAUUUUUUAUAGAGGCCUCUUUUAAAAAAAACACCUCAUGGCUUUUGCAUCCACCUGUUUUAUAAAACAUGCACACUCUUUCACAUCUGGCAUAUUUAAGCAAAGUUAUUACCUGCAAAGUUAGGGCUGCAAUCCUGUGUGCACUUUGAAGUAAAGCCCCACUGAAUUCAGAAUGAAAUCACUUCCAAUUAAAAAUACAUAGAGCUGUGCUGCAUAAAAACUUUGAUAUGGAACAAUAAUAUUAUAAAAAUAGUUUUUUUCCUAUGUUCACUAACUUUUCCUAACAAACCAAUUUUACAAAACAAAUGUGUGUAUUCAUAAUAUACAAAAACACCUGUUUUUCUUUAAAAAUAACCCCCAUAAUGAACUUGCAACCUCAGUUUGCCUGUUGAACUUAGCAUUCUGUUUUAUAGUAUUGUUAGGAAACUUCAUGCUGCUCCUUGCAAGUAAAAGCUAAAGUUGUUAAUUAUAGAAAUUAUUUUGUUUGUUUCUUUUCCAGAGGAUAAAUCCUUCUGCAGAAAUGGUCAUGAUUGACAGGAUGUUUAACCAGGAAGAAAGGCAAACUCUUUCCCGGGAUAAACGCCUUGCAAUAGUAGAUCCUGGUAGGUAACGUAACCAUUUUAAAUGAAAGCCUCUUCGGCUGCAGUCCUAUUAAAAUAAACCUGGGCGUAAAUUCUAUUGAGCUCAUUAGCUCUAGUAGACAUGUAUAGACUAGCACCGUACCAUAUAGAGAAAUGAUUUUAAUAUUUAUAACAGUGGGUUUUUUGCCAUAAGUAAAAUUAGAACACAGGAAGGAUUUAUAUUUGUGAGUCAGACAUAGAGAUGCAACAUCUGUGGAAACUUGGGUGCUGCAGGAAAAAUAUAGCUUUUUUUGGAUGGGGGGAGGGGAAACCCAAUCAUUUUGACAUCCUUGUCAAACCUAAAUUGUAUUUAUUUAUUUAUUGCUUUAAGAACUUUAAAUACAUUCUGCAUGUUUAAAGCUGCAAUGUUAUACCAACCUAUCUGAGAGGAAGCCCAAUUAAACUCAAUAGGACUUGCUUCUAAGUAGAUAUGGGUAGGACCGCACUGUUAGCAGUUAAUAUACAAAACAGUGUUACAUUUAUAAAGUGAAAAUGUAUAUAUUAAUUCAUUUGCAUUCAAAUGAACAAUUCUGUCCAGAGAGAUGGAACUCCAGUCUGUUACACUUUAAGUUGACUACACAUACUUUUUUGCGAGUUUGCAAACAGAAAUAAAUAAAGUUGAAAACAGAACUAAUCAACAGUGGGUUGGUGCACAUAUAAUCCUGGUUACCUGUAACCCCAUGUGUCAGCGCAUGCUUCCUCUCUCUGGAGCAAAUUCCCUUUUUCUGGUUUUAAUUGUAGUUAAGGGAAACAGUGGCCUAGACCUUAACCAUGGUUAACACUAACCUGAAUUCCCCUUAGCUUAGGACCUGAAACCCACUAAAACCAUAUUUUAGUACACAUGCUUUAGUUCUUCUAUUCAGUGGUCUUCAGCUUGUGGGCUGGGACCACAGCUGGGUCACAGCCAGACCUUGAUAAGUGGGUCCCAACAGCAAUACCAUACAGCUAUAGUAACAAAAUUCAGAAGGGUCUGAAAAUGUGUGGGUCCUAAUUCUGAAAAGAUUGAAAGCUACUCCAUUCUUUGUUUUUCUGUCCAUGAUAUGUCACAAUUCUUUACCAAAACCCUUGCUUUCAAAUUUCAGAUGGUUUUCUAGCAGACUUCUGUUGUCCAUCCACACAAAUUGACAAGAUCGCUGAUGAAACACAGCCGACUGAAAGUGAUCAUCAAUCUAACAAAUCUUCAACGUCUCAAAACCAGACUGCUAAUACCCAAAUCAAAGACAGAUCAAGUUCAAGCACAGCAGAGUCUUUAAAUCACAGCAAACUUCAAGUAGUGCCUAACAAUAUUAUGAGUUCACAAGGAAACAGUUCUGUUAAAAAAUCAGAAAGCCUUGCAAAAGCUUUAAAAUUUGAGAAAACAAGCUCCUCUCCUGAAAGCCAACAUAUGGCUGAUUCAGAACAAAAAAUCGCUGGCAAAAAUCCAGGAAAGUCAAAUGAAAACUCUUUAGGUUCUGAAGAUCAUUCGUCAAAAACCUUAUCAAGUGUAGAUCAUGGUACGCAUAAUAAAACAUGUCGGAACACAGUUGAUUCUCACUCAGAGACAACAUAUAAUCAUUCCCUCCAGGACAAAACUCCUCGGAGUUCUCCAAAGAAUGAGGAUUUGCAUCCAGACAAUUUGAAAGGUUCUGGGGAACCCCAAAAGGAUUUGCUGCUCAAUAAGAGUUUAGAGACUACAUUCAAAAACAUAUUGGAACUGAAAAAGACUGGGAGGCAGCCACAGAGCGAAGCAACCGGCAGUGGCUCCCUAGAAUUAGAAUAUCCAAACUUUUCGCUUAUUUCUUCACAAGAAAACUGCCUGGAGAAAUUUAUUCCAGACCACAGUGAAGGUGUUGUAGAAACAGACUCUCUUUUAGAAGCUGCUGUAAAUAGUAUCUUAGAGUGUUAAUAGUUACAGUACCAUGGACAUAUUUCUCUUAGAAGUAAAUGUGAAUGACACCACAAGAACAGCCUGACAAAUGUCAAAGGUUACCCUUUCUAAAGUAGAUUCUGUUUUGUGUUUGAAAGCAAUACUCAUUGUGGUUACAGUGAGGUGUCCAGUAAUGUAAAACCUUGAGAGAAAGCUGUCUGGUAGGGCCUACACAUUAUGAUACAGCUUUGCUGAUCGUUUUAACAUUGCAGUUUAAUGAAACUGCAGUUCACUAGGCCCUAAGUUAACAAGGUAAUAUACUGACAAUCACAGUCUAGUAACAGGUUUCUUAAAUAAAAUGUUAGGAAUGUUGCAUUUAAUAGGAAAAGAUCCAUUGCCUCCGCCCACUAUCACUUGAUUUUGAGAUUUAAUAUUUGGGGCUAAAAAAAAUUCCCCAGUACCUCUGUUUAGAAAUGCCUAUCUCUUGAGGUUUGGAACAGAGAGAGAGGAAUUGGAAGGAGAAAAAUGGCAUCAGUGUUUACAGGGCUUUAUACUUUUAAAGUGCUUUUCUAUGCUCAGUGAGCAGAAACAAGUAUCUUACAUAGGAAUUUGCUGUAUUGAAUUACACUGUAUAGUUUUUGUCACUUUCAGCACUGCGUAAAACGAUACAUGCUAGUCUAAGAAGCUAGUAGAUGGAAAAUUGUAUACAAAGAGGCUAUAAUAUAGCCAUAAAAUUCUGUAUAGACACACACAAAUGUACAUAUAAACACACACACACACACACACACACACACACACUAGUUUCAUCAAGAAGAGCUUUUUCAUUUUCUAAUUGGAUAUAGUCAAACUUAAUCUUUCUGAUGUGGUAUAAUUUUUUCUAGACCAAGUGUCAAAAGCACUUUUAUUUGGAAAUCAUUGUAGUAGUUUAUACUUUAAGGAGAUAAUAGCCUUAAUCUGAACAAUUUAAAGGCCAGUGUUUGCUAUUUGCUUAUUUCUCCUUCUUGCUGUUCAAGAAUGUCUGUCAUCUGUAGCAGCAGUUAUAGUUACCAAAAUAUGUACAAACCAAAGUUAAUUUUCUAGCCCAUUAAAAAAUUAUAGGUUGAAUUUAGAAUUUGCCGUCCGCAAAUUUGGACUUUGCCUUCUGUUCAUGGAAGGCUUUUAAUCCAGUGGAGGAGCCUGAUGGCUGAGUAGGCUGCAACUUUUGCAGAUUCUUCCUUCCUCCUACAAUGCUCAGUACCAUUUCCCAAAUUGUUCCAAAGGGUUUCCCAACCCACAUCUGGAGUGGAUUUUCAUAGGGCUGCAGGGGAAGGGAUAAUCAGGAAAUGUCACUUCUUCCGCAUCAACCAACGGAAGAGUCCCUGAAUCCAAGCCUAUCUCUAAAGGCAUUUAAUACAUAAUCUAGAGCCAAAGGAACCCCUUGCAUGUUUGCAUUUGGCUAGUUGUCAUCAUGACAAUAUAAUUAUUUAUUAUUUUAACCCAUGGCAUUUCCCCAUUCUUCCUGUGUGUUUUAGAAAUUAUUCUACCACCAUCACCAGUGCUGCUAGGUAAAUUGCUUUUGUGCCAUUAGUAAGAGGGAUGUGGCAUGUAUGCCUACUAAAAAACAACAACUCCAAGAGGUGUGUUUUUUGUAAAGCAAUCUCUGCAGCUUCCCUUUAUAAACAUAUUCAAAAGCUUAUGGAUAUCCUUAUGGAUAUCGUCAUAGCCUUAGAGCCCUGAGGUGCAGCAGCCUCGACCCAGUGAUAACUGUGUGCAUACAGAGGUUUGGAAUUCAAGCAUUCUCAGUACUGCUUUUGGGAGCUUCCUCUUCUAUGCUUGUGUGGAGCUCCAUGGAGCUGUGCGACACAGCAGGAGUAGCUAACUGUGGUUGUCAGUUGGAUUGCCAGAGCGCCCAGAUAAAGGGCGGAAUUUUGCUUUCUUUGCUCCGAUUUUAUUGUAGCGUUAGAGCCAUAUUCUGCUCUUUAAGUAAACACAAAACACUACCACCGACCUUGUGUUGAAACAGAAUAACUAUAGAAUAAUAAAAGAUAAACAAAUUCAGCAAAAUAGUAAUGCAACUUAAUGUUCUGUUGACUCUUAAUAGGAUUAGAAAGACGGGGGGCUUUAAAAUUUUGUUUUUAUUACCACUUUUUAAAAAAGUGCCAGUUUUAAAAUUAAAUAUUUGUGAAACCCCACAUUCCCCAAAGACAGCAUUGCCACUUUGGUUCAUUUUUGUAGGCAUGGGUCCUGUACUUGCUUUCUUAUCAAUGAUAGUGCAGCAGCUACUUUUCCAUCAAGAUGCUGCAAAGAAUAAAUUCAUUGAACUGUAACCAUAAUGAGAUGUCUAAGAAAGCAGGGUGUAUGUUGCACCAGUCACAGAAAUCAGUUGAUCUAGAAUCUGAUUGGAAGAAUGAUAAAUUUGACACAUACUUGUAAAUUUGUCUUCUUUUGGUUUUAUCUCACAGAAUAAAGUUUCUUAUCAGCUGUACAGAAUAUUCUGAACCUAAAUACCAAAACAAAGCUUACACAUUUUGAAUAUUAUGUGAGAGUUUACUUUUAGAUAAAGGUUUAGUUGAGACAUCUGAAAUGCACUUCCAUCAUAUGUGGAUUAAAUUCCACCUAUAUUGAUUCCAACAUUUAUGCUGGGUACCCACUGAACAAAGUUCAGCUAAAUUAACCUACGGUAGCUAAUGUAUUUUAUUUAUUGAACUUGGUUUUAGAGCUCUGAAUAUUUUAAUUGGUAAUGCAGUAAAAAUAUUUUUGUUGUAAAAAAAAAUGUGUGAAUUUGUUACGCAGCACAUGGUCCUGAAUCCAGUGAAGACCAUUUAUUUGUGCACAACUGCUUUGUAGGAUUGGUCUCUUUACUUCCUGGAUGUCUUUCCAUGUUGUCUAAGGUUAAAAGAAAAUUUUAGUUGGCAACUAUGAAAAAAAAAACCUGAUUCAACAAUGUCAGCAUAAUUGAGCUGUUAGAUUUGGGAGGCCUUACAGACUGACUUUACUGAAAGAGGAUGUGUCACUUGUUGUCAGUGUGGUAUGGAUUUUAUUUGCUUAAAUACUUUCAUUUGUAUAGUAUGUCUCACUUGAAAUUGCUUUGUAUACAUUUUGUAAAAAUAUUUAUAAAAUGUUUUGUAAAAAAAAGUAUAACAAAUUGCAGUUUAUUUUGUUAUGUUGGAUAAAUACUGUUAAAAGACAACACAUUGGUAAAAUAUAUUGUUAACCCAUGGAUAGGAAAUGUUUAGCUGGAGACUACGAAUUGAAACAACCAUUGCAAUACAGCCAAAGAUUUGGGAAAAAUGUGUUAUCUGUGAUUGUCUUGAUUUACCCAAGAUUAAUAACUAGGUUUUGAAAAGGAUUUCUUUUUUAGUUUCAAGUAUCACAGUGGCAGUAUAUUUUUAUUACGUUUAUAUCCUGGUUUUCUCCCAAAAUGGUAUU